AUGGCAGACGUCAAAGACAUCACACGCGAUCUCGACAAGCUGGAUUCGCAGCUGGACAACUUGGAGGAAGCGCUCGCGCCACUGCUCGGCAACAUGGACGAGAUUUCAUCACAGCUGCCGCUGCUGGACAAGGCGAAGCUCUUUUCUCUAGCCGCUUACUCGAUAGAAUCGCUGCUAUUCUCCGCACUCAAGCUGCAAGGCGCAGAUGCGCAGGAGCACGCUGUAUAUGCAGAGCUCAAGCGCGUGCAGCAAUAUUUUGGCAAAAUCAAGGCCAUUGAAGAGCCUGUGGGCCAGCGGACCACAACAGUGAAUCAAGAAGCCGCGGCGCGUUUCCUCAAGGCAGAUCUUAGCGACAACAAGGCAAUUAGCGCCAGACUGGCCGAAAAGAUUGCCGAAGAGCGCGCCAAGGCGCUGCUGAAAUCUGUCGAGGGACGAAAGCGGCCGGUGGAUGAUUCGGCGACUAGCUCGGCUGACAAUGGCAAGGGCGUCAAAAAGUCAAAGCACAAGGGCAAGGCCAGGAGCAGGAGAUGA